AUGAAGACCAUUCUCAGCAGUCAGACAGGGGGCAUUCCAGAAAAUGCUGACGUCACUCUGAAGGGAUGCAUAAUUAUUUUGAAGGAACCCAGCAGCACCCAGCAGAGGGACUACAAUCACAUCAAUGUAGACCUCAGUCUCCUUGGAAAGAAAAAGAAGAGUUUCCGAGUAGACAAAUGGUGGGGAAAUGAAAAGGAACUGGCUACUGUUUGCAUUAUCUGUAGUCAUGGACAGAAUAUGAUUAAGGGUGUUGCACUGGCUUCCUUACAAGACGAUAAUCACAAGAUGAGGUCUGUGCAUGCUCACUUCCCCAUCAAUGUCAUUAUUAAGGAGAAUGGUUCUAUUGUUGAAAUCCGAAAUUUCUUGGGUGAAAAAUACAUCUGCAGGGUUCAGAUGAGGUCGCGUGUUGCUUGUCCUGUAUCUCAAGCCCAGAAAGAUGAGUUAAUUCUUGAAGGGUAUGAUAUUGAACUUGUAUCAAAUUCAGCUGUGUUGGUUCAAUAA